AAACCAAAACCAGUGUUGGUGGAGUCGCAGUGCGUUGAUUAUAUAGCCCUCCUUCUAGUAGUGACGGAAAAAGAUUCUCUCGUUAUCGAUGAUCUCUUUCUUCUUCUUCUUUCUCUCUCUUGCUGACAUAUUGUGUUUAUUCUGCGAUUCUCUUCGUUAUAUAUCUUCAGUAUUGGGCAGACAUUACUUUCAGAGGAAUGGGGAAAUCAGCGUUUCAUGAAUCUCUCAAAGCUCUGGAAGCUGAUAUUCAGUACGCCAAUGAUCUGUUAUUAGGGUAUCCCAGGGAUAAAGAUGGAGCAUGCUUUCAGAUGAGACUGUCAUACAGUCCAGGCGCUACCUUAUUUCUUUUUCUUGUUCGAUGGACUGAUUACCACCUGGCUGGUGCUCUGGGUUUGUUGAGAGUUCUAAUUUAUAUGACGUAUGGAGAUGGGAAGACCACCAUGUCAAUAUACGAAAGGAAAGCAAGCAUUAAAGAGUUUAACUCCAUUAUAUUUCCUGCUUUAUUGCAACUUGAGAAAGGCAUCACAGAUUUGGAGGAAAAGAAACAGAAUGAAGUAUAUGCGGUCAGAUAUAAAAAGAAAGAAAAGCAAUCGAUGCUUGACAUGGAAAGAGAGGAGGAAUGUGGCAUUUGCAUGGAGGUGAAGGGAAAAGUUGUGCUGCCUAAUUGCUGCCAUUGUAUGUGUUUGAAGUGCUUCAGGGAUUGGUGUGAGAGAUCCGAAUCUUGUCCCUUUUGCAGGGGAAAUCUUAAAAGAGUCAACUCAGGUGACCUUUGGAAUUACAUAGAUGAUGGUGAUAUUGUGGAUAUCAGGACGAUUUUCAAAGAAAACCUUAAGAUACUGCUUUUGUACAUAGAAAAGUUGCCUAUUGUGGAUCCGGAUCCCAUGCGUAUGUCCUAUGAACCUUGUGGAAGUUAGCGGCUAUAUUUACAGGCCUUGAGAACUGUUUACAUUACUGUUUUACUGUACAUGCCAUUUUAGAUCGUAAUUGAUUAUAGUACAUAUUUUCUAACUAAAUGUUCAUAGUAGUUGUUUCAUGUU